AUGUCUCUUUCUAUCUUCAGACCAACUUCCAGUAGAACAGCUAUGUCUCUUUCUAUCUUCAGACCAACUUCCAGUAGAACAGCUAUGUCCCUUUCGACCGAUCAUGUCCCUUUUCGGUCUUAUGGCCAUCAUUCCGUAGACCGAUCAUGUCCCUUUCGGUCUUAUGGCCAUCAUUCCGUAGACCGAUCAUGUCCCUUUCGGUCUUAUGGCCAUCAUUCCGUAGACCGAUCAUGUCCCUUUCGGUCUUAUGGCCAUCAUUCCGUAGACCGAUCAUGUCCCUUUCGGUCUUAUGGCCAUCAUUCCGUAGACCGAUCAUGUCCCUUUCGGUCUUAUGGCCAUCAUUCCGUAGACCGAUCAUGUCCCUUUCGGUCUUAUGGCCAUCAUUCCGUAGACCGAUCAUGUCCCUUUCGGUCUUAUGGCCAUCAUUCCGUAGACCGAUCAUGUCCCUUUCGGUCUUAUGGCCAUCAUUCCGUAGACCGAUCAUGUCCCUUUCGGUCUUAUGGCCAUCAUUCCGUAGACCGAUCAUGUCCCUUUCGGUCUUAUGGCCAUCAUUCCGUAGACCGAUCAUGUCCCUUUCGGUCUUAUGGCCAUCAUUCCGUAGACCGAUCAUGUCCGGUCUUAUGGCCAUCAUUCCGUAGACCGAUCAUGUCCCUUUUCGGUCUUAUGGCCAUCAUUCCGUAG